AUGGCAGAGGAAUUUGCAUUAGAUUUGGAAGAGCUUCGUCACUUGCAAGAAAUCACCAAACGACCUCGAAUCCUUUCUCUUCUCACCUCCGAGAUUCGCAACUUGGAGAAGUUAUCGUCGGAGGCAGCAUCUUCCGCACGUGCAUCGCAGAUUCCAGCACCGAUUUCAACCGGAACCAAGGUCUCACCUGUAAUCAAUUAUUCGCCUCUUGCAUCAUUCAGUUGGGAUCAGGAUAAUGAAAAAGUGAAGAUAUACGUGUCAUUGGAGGGAGUUGAUGAGAGCAAGAUCGAAUCUGAGUUUAAGCCAAAUGCGUUUGAUGUUAAGUUCCAUGACAUUCAAGGGAAGAACUAUCGAUGUGCAGUAGUGAAAUUGCACAAGGAGAUAGUACCAGAGAAAUGUAAGGUUCUUGUCAAGCCUAAAAGGGUAAUCAUCACUUUGGUGAAGGCUUCCAAAGCAAACUGGCUAGAUUUGCAUUUCAAAGAAGAUAAGCUGAAGCCAACCAUGGAUAAAGCAAAAGAUCCAAUGGCAGGAAUCAUGGACAUGAUGAAGAAUAUGUAUGAGGAUGGCGACGAGGAGAUGAAGAAAACAAUUGCAAAAGCAUGGACUGAUGCUAGAACUGGAAAAGCAGCUGAUCCUUUAAGUAGCUAUCGUUAA